GUUAUCGUUGCAAGCGUUUUUGCUUGCUUUGCUGCGCUGCCCAUCUCAAGUUAAUCUUUUCAAGGUUUGGUUUCGGUCGAACUAAUCCUACAACAAACACCUUUUGACUCUUUCUAAUUUUCAAGCACUUGAAGAAGGAUAAAAACAAAAGAAACCACUAGCUUAAGAACCAGUUAUUUCAAAUGGUUAAACGCAAGCGGACGGACGGUGCUGUCAACGGAGGAGCUACGGCAUUGGGAUCGGCCAAGGCGAAGAAGGCCAAAGCAUCGACACCACAAUCAGCAGUAGCAACAACAAAAGCAACAAAAACAACAAAAACAACAAAAACAACAGCAGUAGCAAAGGCGAAAGGCUCUCCUCCAUUGACUAUACAGGUUGUCACUGGGUCUUACGAUAGGAUUCUUCACGGAUUCACCGCCACGAUAUCGUCGGACGACGAGGUAGAUUUCGCAGACACCUUCCUCUUCAAUGCGCAUAGCUCUUCGAUACGAUGCCUAGCAUUGUCGCCCCCCUCAGCUCCAGCGCCAGGCAGGCUACAGAGGGUCAUGCUGGCCUCGGGCAGCAGCGACGAGCGGAUCAAUGUCUACAACAUCUCGGCGCACCCGCCCAGCCGCAAACACCAAGACGCCCUAUCCUCUGUCGCACCCCGCAAGAUCCUCGAGAAUUCUAAGAAUCGGGAGCUGGGCACCCUCCUGCACCACUCCUCUACGAUUACGAGACUAGCUUUUCCUACAAAGUCAAAACUCAUCUCCGCCUCCGAAGAUUCUACUAUUGCCGUCACCAGGACGAGGGAUUGGUCUCUACUGUCGACUAUUAAAGCCCCCAUACCGAAGCCCCUCGGUCGGCCGAGCGGCGAUACGGCGGCAUUAGGUGCGACCCCGGCUGGUGUCAACGACUUCGCUGUUCACCCGAGCAUGAAGGUCAUGAUUAGCGUGAGCAGAGGGGAGAGGUCGAUGCGACUUUGGAAUCUGAUGACGGCCAAAAAGGCUGGGGUGCUCAAUUUCAGCAGAGAAAUGCUCCAGGAAGCUGGAGAAGGGAAGCAUUCGUCAGGAGAGGGGAGGAGAGUGGUCUGGGGCAGUACCGAGGACGGCGACGAGUAUUGCGUUGGGUUCGACCGAGACGCUCUGGUCUUUGGCAUGGACAGCACGCCCAAGUGCAGAGUCAUGCCGGAGCCGAGGAGAAAGAUACACGAAAUCUGCUACAUUGCGAUAGACUCGGAAACCGACUCAUCCCUCCUAGCAGUCUCGACAGAGGAUGGGAAGAUCAUGUUUUUCUCUACCAAGAGUGAAGACCUUACUCCCAGUGAGUCGUCUACGGAAGGCAAGGGGAAGGCUCCAUUACCAGCCGCAAAGUUGGUGGCGCAGAUUGGCGGGAAGGAAGCCGGAGUCAUAGGACGAAUUAAGGAUUUCGCUACAGUCAAGGUCGCGGACAACUUGAUAAUUGCUGCCGGCAGUAGCGACGGCAAAGCCCGUAUUUUCAAGCUCGCCAUCGCUGAUCUCCAGGUGUCCAGCAAAGCAGAUGCGGCUAAGAAGACGGUGGGCAAGCUGCUCGGCACUUACGAGACGCAAAAUAGGAUAACGUGUGUGGAGGCAUUCGAGAUGAUACCCCGACCAGAUGACGCAGAGGACAGCGAGGAGGAGAAGGAGGAUACUGAGGCUGAGGCAGAGGAGGAUGAGGAUUAAUUGUGAAGUAGUGUAUAGUGAGUGGCGUGCAUAUCAAAUAGGUACCAACACACUUACGUACCUACCUGCCUAUCUACCUACCUACCUGCCUGCCUAGGUAUGUAGUUAGUUACCUACAUAGCGUGUAUAUCCCGGUUUCCAAAGGAGUCGAAGAAAAAGACCCCGAAUAAGUACCUACCUACCUAACCUAGUAAUGAAACGCUGCAAGCAAACCGCCAAUAGUUUAACGAAUCAAGACGCG